GGGGUGGGUGCAGUCCAGGGUGAACUUCAGGAUCUGCUUCUUCUUCUUCCCGCCCUGCUUCUUGACCACCUGCUUCUUCUAUGCAAGAAAUACAGAUACAGCUACUCAAACUCAUGCACACAACCAUCAAAGUAUAUGUCACUUUUAGGAGCACUUGGGGGUUGGCAUUAGGUGUGUGCUGUCAGCUGCCUGGCGGAGGGACCCCAUCAGCCUACUAUUGAAGAGUUUCUGCAUUGCUGUCAUUCCUGCCAGGGGUAGCUGAUAGCACCACUGAGAGAUGGCAGGAGGAAUCUUCACCAACCUGGACAAUGUUUGCAGUGUGGAGUGUAGUAAUGUCCACCCCCUGGUAUGUCACCUGUGCCAUGAGCAGUACCAGUCUCCGUGUUUGUUGGAUUGCUACCACAUCUUCUGUGCCCGCUGUUUACGUGGCCGGACCAAUGACAGCCGUCUCAGCUGCCCCCUCUGUGGUUACCAAUCCCUAAUAAAAGGAAACAGCAGCCUUCCACCAGAGGAUCGCCUGCUGAAGUUCCUGGUCGACAACAAUGGGGAUGCCGAGGAGACCGUGCAGUGUGCUAAUUGUGACCGGGAAAGUAAUAAAAAGGACGCAGGGGUGAUGUACUACUGUAACACUUGUAGCCAGCCACUGUGCAGCCCCUGCAGGGAGUUGACUCACAAGGCCAGAAUGUUUUCCCACCAUGAGAUUGUAUCCCUGGCCAAACGCGCCAAAGCCAAACACAGGAAGUGCUCUCUCCACGAGGAGCCCUAUAUCCUGUUCUCGACAGAGAAUAAAUCCAUGCUGUGCAUCAAGUGCUUCAGAGACAUGCAAGUGGAGAGUCGGGCUCACUGCAUUGAUAUCGAAACAGCUUACGUGCAGGGGUGUGAGAUGCUGGACCAGGCUGUACUGGCAGUGAAGGAGCUGCAGACUUCAACUCGAGACGCCAUCGUUCUGCUGAGAGCAAUGAUAGGAGAAGUGUGUCUGAAUGUGGAGGAAGAAGAGAGUGCGAUCUGCACUCUGUUCAACAGCUUGCAGGAAAAACUAGCAGAGAGGAAGAAGAUUCUGCUCAAAGCAGCUCAGAGUCAACAUGAGGAGAAAGAGAAAGCACUAAAGGAACAGCUCUCACACCUUACUGCCCUGCUACCAACCCUCCAGGUUCACCUCGUCACCUGUUCGGCCUUCCUCAGCUCAGCCAAUAAGUUUGAGUUUUUGGACAUGGGUUAUCAACUCAUGGAGAGGCUGAAGAGGAUUGUGAAGCUCCCUCAUCGACUGAGACCAGUGCAGAGCAGCAAAAUCAACACCGACUACAGAAGUGAGUUUGCUCGCUGUCUGGAGCCCUUACUGCUGCUGGGUCAGCGCUGUCCUCCUUCUGUUGCUGGAUCUACAAGUGUUGCGACGAGACACCAGUCACCUCUCUCCGUGUCUUGCCGCUCCCCGUCUGUCAGUGAGAUGCCUCUGAGCUCAGUGUUUGGGAGAAGGCCCACUUGUCACCGCAACAUCUGCACCAAGGUCCUCCUGGCUGAGGGAACAGAAACGCCCUUCACCGAGCACUGCCGCAACUAUGAGAACACCUACAGGACUUUCCAGACAGAGAUUCAGAAUCUGAAGGACCAGGUCCAGGAGCUGCACAGAGAUCUGACCAAGCACCACUCCAUCAUCAACACAGAUAAAAUGGGAGAGAUCCUGGACAGGUCGCUGCACAUUGACAGCCAGAUAGCUGCCCAGUAUUCCACUGUGGAAACUAUGAGAGUUAUGUUUGAAGAGGUCUGGGAUGAGACUUUUCAGAGGGUCACUAACGAACAGGAGAUCUAUGAAGCCCAGCUUCAUGACCUCAUGCAGCUGAAGCAGGAGAACUCUUACCUAACCACCAUUGCCAGACAGAUCAGCCCCUACAUCCUGUCCAUUGCCAAAGUCAAAGAGAGACUCGAGCCCAGGUUUCAGGAGCCAAAAGAGCACCAUGAUGACCGAACUGAAACAAUGCUGAAAAUCUAUGAAGACAGCACAGUCACUCUGGACAGUCAAGACAGUAACAACCAGACCUGUGUCACAGAUCAAGACAGAGACAGGAACAAACGCCCGCUCAUCCUCGACUCAGGGGAAAGCUCUAUAAAGAACAAUCGUCCGAGCAGGCAGAAGGUUCCAAUGGAGACGUCCAAUCACAAUGAGAUGCCUUCAUAAACACCGUGUCAUUUGAUUUCUGUCCUCAUCUCCCCUCCUGUGCAGCAGCGUGCCUUAAUUCAGCCUUAACAAGUCCGGGAUGGUAUGUGACAUUGAUCAGUGUACUGAUACUGUACACAACAUUUUCUCAGCAGGGUGGAGCUGUCAGCAGCUCCGAGGUGAGCCCUUGGAUAGAUCUUGGAUAGAAACUGGACAUACAAUCAUGGAAUUCAAAGAGCCUUCAGAGAACAAGGCCAGCCCCUUUGUUCAAACAGGGUAACAUUAUCAUAACAACAUCAUAAAGAAUUGUUUUGGUGUUAUUUAAGAGCUAUGGACUGCUCUAAUGAGAAAUCAGAGGGAAUAAUAUCUUACUUUCCUGGAUUGCUUUGUGUUGCUGUCUUUGCCUGUUAAAAUGAUCGGUAUGGUACGAGUGUG